CAUUCACAGGCUCGUCUCACGCUCACCGUAUACACCUCAUCUCCAUCCGCUAUGCACAGGAAUUCCAGCACGUAGCCCAAAUCACGAUUGUUGCACAACAUGUACUGCUUUGUGCCUCAGGCCCAGACUCCGUAGACCUUUCCGCCCAGCACGGUACUUGGCAGAUCGCCAUUCAACAGCCCUUGGCACAUAAAAGGAACGAGCCUCGUCCGCGUCAUCCUUGGGGUUGGCAUGCAACUAACCACAAUGGCGCAGGGACAAGAUUCUAUUUUAACUUCCGGCUGCAUGUCAGUAUAAAGUUCCGACUGUUCUUUGAUUCUUGCUCCUUCACACACCAACGACGCUCUCUCACACCCACAUUUCAACAUUUGUUCAGCAUAUCAUACUACCUUUUAAUUUCUAGAAAUGUGGGCAAAAGCGGCAUCGCUUCUCGCUCUAGCGGCCACUGCCGUCGCUCAAUCCAAGGGCUUCAACUACGGUGCCACCAACGCAGACGGCUCAUGCCGCGGGUACGACGACUUCGUCCGCUUCUUUAACGAGGCUAAGAGCCUUCCUGGAACAUCUGGCUUCAACACAGCGCGUCUGUACACAUCGAUUCAAUGCGGCAGCCAAACAGAGCCCAUCUCAGCCUUCCGCGCAGCCAUCGACACCGAUACGAAGAUCCUUGUAGGUCUCUGGGCCAGUGCCGGACGUGCCGCUUAUGAGCGAGAACUCAACGCCCUACUUCAAGCUGCUAGAGAUCUGGGCACUCCUUUCACAGACAGGAUUAUAGGAAUCAGCGUAGGAUCCGAGGACUUGUACCGCAGCAGCGAGCAGGGCAUCAAGAACAAUGCUGGCGUUGGUGCUACCGGUGCUGAGAUCGAGGGAUACAUCGGUUGGCUCCGUGACUGGGUUCGUGGAACCGGACUUGCCAAAUGCCCCGUUGGUCACGUCGACACAUGGACUGCCUGGACCCUACCGGAGAACCGUGGCGUCGCCCGCGCCGUGGACUGGCUUGGUCACAACUCAUUCCCGUACUUUGAAAGCGAAAGGGCAAACUCCAUUGACAAUGCACGCGAGAACUUCUUCACCUCUGUCGCCCAGACUGCGAGCGUAGCAGACGGCAAGGAAGUCAUGAUCACCGAGACUGGUUGGCCACGAAUUGGACCCGUCUCUCGCGAUGCCGUUGCUUCUCUCGACAACAUGAAGCGCUACUGGAAGGAAGUCGGUUGCUCCCUCUUCGGUGUCCGCACGACCUUCUGGUACACCCUCAAGGAUGCCAAUGCUGGCCAGACUGAGUUGUCCUUCGCCAUCACGCCUCUCCAGAACAAAACACCGUACUUCGACCUCGCUUGCUAGACGAACUAGCCUACCAAAAAGCGAUAUUCACGAUGGGAUAACUUAAUCGACACUGCAUCUGCUUGUGUAUAAUAUGUAAUUCAAAAGUGUAGAAAAAUAGCCCAAUCAUACAUCCAAUGGAUAACAUAGUCCUAUAAUAUCCAAAAAUCAAAAAUCAAACCAA